CUUAAGGGGGAUAACUCUUAAUAACUUCCGCCAUUGCACGGAAUUUUUAUUUUUUGUUGUUCGCCGCUAGUUUAUUUCACUCAGAUGGCUGCUGGCCUUCCGAGAAGAAUAAUAAAGGAGACUCAACGUCUUAUGCAGGAGCCAGUCACGGGAAUCCAGGCAAUUCCAGAUGAGUCGAAUGCCAGAUAUUUCCAUGUUGUUGUCACUGGACCAGAAGGGUCUCCAUAUGAAGAGGGAGUUUUUAAACUGGAAUUAUUCCUGCCAGAAGAAUACCCUAUGUCAGCGCCAAAAGUUAGAUUUAUGACUAAAAUAUAUCAUCCUAACAUAGAUAAACUGGGUAGAAUAUGUUUGGAUAUCCUAAAGGAUAAAUGGAGUCCAGCGCUACAAAUCCGUACCGUGUUGUUAUCUAUACAGGCGUUACUCAGUGCUCCGAAUCCAGAUGACCCUCUAGCCAAUGACGUUGCUGAACAGUGGAAAACCAACGAAGCUAAGGCAAUAGACACAGCUCGACAAUGGACACAUAUGUACGCAUCCAAGCGUUGAGAAGGUUCGAGGGAUUGCCGCGUCAUGUGAUUAUAAAAUAAGCCCUGUCGGCAUUAUUGUCAUAACCAUCUUCAUCAUGAUUGUCAAUCAUUGUUACUAGGUCAUCUGUAGUCACUUGGUACCAGAUUUAUUGCUUGAAUUCAUAAUUGUUAAAAUACUUACUUUUUGAAAAAAAAUAAAAUUCAAUGAUUAUUUUUGUUUUUCAAUUAUAUUAUCAUGACACUGUGAAUUGAUUGAAGAGGCCCGAUUUAGGAAGCACAAUAAUUAUACUCACAGCUUUAUGAUUUUUUUAAGUUAAGGACUUGAGGCUAACGAAAUGUGGAAAAAUAGGAUUGCUUAAUUGAAACUUAUUUAUUUUGGUAUAAUUCUUUGUGUGAACGAGUCUUGUCACAAAUUGGCGAAUUCAAGAAUCUCUUCUCGGUUUUGAAGAAUGCUGUACUAUGUAUGAUCACGUCGUACUGGUUUGUUCAUGUCUAGAAUUUGUUGAUGUGAUAUUUAUCAUGCAUUAAUCAGUAAAUGUGGUAGCAAGAUUCAUUAUAAAAAAUGCAAGUUUCUAGCAGCUAGUAGGCUGGUAUAUUUGUUAAUUUGAUGGUUUAAUGCAAAACCAGGCUAUCCCAACGGAGAAAUUGUUUGCCAAUAGAGCAGUAUUGUACAUUUAUCAAUUAACAAAAUAUUCAGUUGUGCUAUUUUGUCCACUGCUAAGCUCUAGAACUUUGCACAAGUCACUCAUAUACAUGAACAUCUAAACAUAAUCUUGCGUUUGCUUGGUCACAAUAAAUGUUCUGAGGUUGAUAAAAAAAAAGAUAUGAAUGCAUGUUGCUUGUUAUUUAAUAUAUAUUUUCAAUGAUCGAAAAUGUAAGAAAUAGUUUCAGUGAUAUAGAGAAGUUAUUUUCCAUUCUGUAGCAAAUUUCUCUGUAGUUAAAAAAAAUAUGUUUUAACACUUUAUUUUUUUGGGAAUGAUAAGAUUUUAUUAAAACAAUAGUUUUCUAGUGUUUUGUUUGAGUAAGUUAUGGAUGUUUAAACAUAAGCUGCUGUUAAAACUAUUUUAAAUUUUAUUUUUCAAUAUUUGUUAAAAGAAACUUUAAGCUUUCCGCAGGGUACCUCUAGAGCAAGAUGUACAUGCUUAAUCUGUCUAGUGCUUAGUGGAUGGUUUUAGGCAAUGAUUGAUGGAUUUCUGCUGUUUAUGUUUAUGUAUUUACAAAAUAGCAGAUGGAGUUCUUUCCAAAUUAACAUCAUAUGAAUCCUAAUUAUAGUACAAUUAAAUAAAUCUUAAAUCAUUAUCUUUUAUUUCAUACUGUAAGUUUAUUAGUUUAAUGACAGAAUCUGUGAUGUAUAAAUGAAUGACAGGAUCUAGGUUUUGAUAAAUAAAAAAUGCUCUGGUCUAGGAGGUCUUAUUAUUCAAGAUUAAAUGACAAGGCUGAUGCUUCCGUGGUUUUGAAUUUGGUGAUCAUUUAUUUUCAGUGUUAUAAUUGUCUAUUUAUAACUUUCACAUUUGAGUUGUUGGUAACUGUAGAUUUUUUGUUUCGUUAGGAUUUGUAUUGGAAAAAAUGCAUCAGGCGUUUUAAAGACGUGUAUGAAAUAAUUUGCAAAAUUUGUAAACUCGAAUGUUUGAAAAUAUUGACAAAACUUAAUUCCCAGUUUCCAAGUUUAUUUAUGCUCAGUACAUGUACAUGAAUAUAGAGAUAAACUUGAUGAAACAAAUAGAAAGACAGUUAUGAUGCUUUGACAUACAUGGUUGAGAACAUUUGGAAAACCAUUUUCUUUUUUAAAUUGAAUGUAAAUUGUGAUUAUGUGUUUUACCACACUGCUAUUUUGUGUCCGUAGUUGUACAUGUUUUGAGGGUGCGAAACUUCAUUUAUUAUUGGUAUUCUAUCAUAUCUAUAACAAAUCACUCUUUCUUAUUUAAAAUGAUAUGAUUGGUAGUUCCACUCAGUAUUAAAAAUAACGCACUUCUCAGUAUGAUUUAUCAGAGUUCAAAUUUUCAAAGGUUUUUUUUUUUCAUAUGGAUACCCAGUUUUGUGAAUGAUAAAAUGUGGAGUUGAUGAGUGCUAGUCUUGUGUUGUUGAUUGAGCGUUUAAACAAAAAAAGAACAUUAUAUCCUUAUCCACUUUAUUAUUUUUAUGUGUACAUGCGUAUGUAACGUAAGUAAUUAGUGUUCUUAUUUAAAUGACUGUCACAUGUAUGUUAGAUGUAUGUAUUGUACAAAUACAGGUCUUUUCCAAA